AUGUCGUUCUCAUCGCGAGACACGCUGCUCUACCGCAAAGAUGCGCGGUCUGGCCACAAACUACUGACACCCGAGGAGCGGCUCGAGAUUGUCAAGCCCUACCUCCCAUCACCACCCAAAUCAAAUGCUGCACGAACCGAGACCGAAAAAGCAGGCAGCCACAGCGACUCCGGCCACGCCGGUCACUCCGGCCACUCCAGCGCCAACAAGUUCCACCUCCGUGACACGACUCGGGAACGCUUCAGCGUCCGCAGUUUCGUCGCCCACCAGCUCUAUGUCCUCGUGUACACCAUUGUCCAUGCCAUUUUCUCCGUUUACCGCCGCUUCCGGGUUGGCUACCAUGGCGUCCGCGACCGUAUCUACUCUGUCCUCAAAUACCACCACCGUACGCCCGAGAUCAUUGCCCGCGAUGUGCGGGACUUGCGGCGACUUCCCAAGCACCUGAGUGUUGUCUUGCAGCUCGAGGAUAAUGGCCACGGACUUGCCGAAUUAGAGCGCCUCGUAAACGAGGUAUCCGAUAUCGCAGCCUGGUGCGCCUCAGCCGGCAUCCCCAUGCUCUCCGUUUACGAGCGGACAGGUAUUCUCAAGAGCUACUUGGCCGACACGCACCGCGCCGUAUCGCACCGUUUAACAACCUACUUUGGCCGUGUGCACCCCGCCGUGACGCUACAGGCGCCGCAUCUUCCCUCUAUCGAAUCGACGGUGUCCCCGCACGCACGCGAGAACGGCGAGACUGACGACGGACACAUUACCGUCAUGCUGCUGUCGGAGGAGGAUGGCCGCGACUCGCUUGUGGACCUGACCAGGACGCUUUCUGAGAUGGCCCAGCGAUCCAAGAUCUCUCCGUCCGACAUCAGUAUCGACCUGAUUGAUGCCGAGCUGACCGAGAGCGUCAUGGCUGAGCCCGAUCUCCUGCUUCUCUUUGGCCCCCACAUUGAGCUCUCAGGUUACCCGCCCUGGCAAAUCCGCCUGACCGAGAUCUUCCACCUGCCAGACAACCAGAGCGUAGGCUACCAGGUGUUCCUGUCGGGCCUUUACCGCUACGCUGGCGCUGAGUUCCGUGUUGGGCGGUGA